AUGUCCGUCAUCAUUGGAGCUAUCGCUGUCAUCAUCCACCUCCUCAAACCAACGAAAGCCGAACCUAACUCCCCAGCAACAUGCAUCGACCUAUCCAUCCCAAUCACCGUCUCUGCAAACAACACAGUGUACGACACUCCCAGGAUCGAUAGCAGCAUUGACGUCGCAGACUGGAUGUGGGACAUGUAUACAUGGUCUCAUGCCAACUUGACAAGUCGUGUCAACGGCACCAUCCACGUUAAAGAAACGUUCAACAUCAGCGGUAAACUAUGCGUGCCGCAUAAUGGUAGAAAGGCAGAUAUUCUACAGAUAGCCACACAUGGAAUUGCCUUUGACAAAUGGUACUGGGACGUGCAACAUGAUCGACAAGCGUACAACUAUAUCGACGCAGCACUCAAGAACGGAUACUCUAUCCUCACAUACGAUAGAAUAGGCAACGGGCGCUCCAGCAAACCUAAUGCCUAUACCGUCGCCCAAUCGCCCGUGGAGGUAGAAGUUCUUCGCGAAAUCACAAACCUAGUUCGAAGCGGUAACCUAAUCGCGGCAUCCAAAGCGAAUGCGAGCGCAGGCAAAGUCAUUCGCGCAUACAUACCCAAAAAAGUCGUCCACGUAGGCCACUCGUUCGGAUCGGUCACCACCGCCGGCAUGCUCUCGCAAUAUGGUCAUCUCAGCGACGGCGCACUAUUGACAGGCUUCAUCCCAGGAAGUAAACUCGGCGUCACCAGGUUUUCAGAAUUCGGGUACGAGUAUGCGCCGGAGCAUGAUGCACGCCGCUUCGGUGACCGUUCGUCGGGGUACGUAGUGCAAGCUACCAAGACCAACAUUCAGCAGCUUUUCCUCAAGAAGGGCUCGUUUGAACCCGAGUUGCUGCGUUAUGCUGAGGCGAUUAAGCAAACGGCGUCAGUGGGCGAGAUGUUGUCUGGUGGCGCAUUUGUCGGACAUGCGGCACCAUCAUUCUCGGGUCCAGUCCAGUUCUUCUUGGGCGAAUACGAUGUCCCUAUUUGCGCGGGAGACUGCAAAAACACGUACGACAUGGAGGUGUUGAAGAAGUUGUACCCCAAAGCGACGGAUGUCUCGGUUUACUUGCAGCCCGAAACCGGCCACGGCCUGACAUUGUCUAGAAAUGCGACGGCGGGAUAUGAUGUCAUGUUUUCUUAUUUGGAAGAGCACGGGUUGUGA